AUGGACUCAACAUACAUGGCCCAACCUCAACCGUCGUUUGCAUACUACCCCACGGCGGAUUCGCAACAAAGAUCCCAGCAUUUCACGAGUCAUCCCUCGGACAUGCAGCAAUACUACGGGCAGAUGCAACAGUUCUCCAUGCAACAACAGCAACAGCACUGCGUUCCCGACAAGCAACCCAUCUAUACCACUCAGCCCGUCAUGAACAUGCACCAGAUGGCCACCACCAAUGCCUUCCGGGGUGCCAUGAACAUGACCCCCAUCGCCUCGCCUCAGCCUUCCCACCUCAAGCCUACCAUCGUCGUCCAGCAAGGCUCUCCCGCCCUGAUGCCGCUGGACACGAGGUUCGUUAGCAAUGACUACUAUGCCUUCCCCACGACCCCUCCGCUGUCGACCUCGGGAAGCUCCGUCAGCAGUCCCCCGUCCGCCGGGGGUGCCCUGCAGACUCCCUUGACCGAUAGCUUCUUCACCUUCGAGAAGGUUGAGGGCGUGAAGGAGGGCUGCGAAGGCGAUGUCCAUGCCGAGAUCCUGGCCAAUGCCGACUGGACUCGGUCCGACUCGCCGCCUAUGACACCUGUGUUCAUUCAUCCCCCUUCCUACACGGGCAGCCAGGGCUCUGAUUUCCUCUCGACCAACAGUUCCUGCCCAUCCCUUUCCCCAUCGCCCUCCCCAGACGCCUCCACAUUCAUUGGCCAGUCACAGCCAACCUUCUCGGCGGAGCCAUCCAGCUCGGACUUUUGCGAUCCUCGCCAGCUGACCGUGGAAUCGGCCAUCGCCACAUCUGCCCCGGCCGAGCUUCCUCCAUUGCCCACGCUUUCUUGCGAGGAGGAGGAGCCGAAGGUCGUCUUGGGCAGCGAGACUGUGACUCUCCCACUGAACGAGAACCCUUCUCCUUCGUUCACCGGCUCCACAACUACGGAGGAUCCCCUCAGUGCCUUGCCGACCUUCGAUAGCUUCUCCGAUCUCGACUCGGAGGACGAGUUUGUCAACCACCUGGUGGACUUCCACCCUGGCGGCAACGCUCUCUAUCUGGGCGAGAAGAGACAGCGCCUGAGUACUUACUCGCUAGAUGACGAGGAGUUCUUGAGCGAGCCUGGAUUGGAAGACUCGGAGGACCAGGACCUGGCUCUGUCGGGGCUUUCCUUUGUCGGCGGUUCGGAGAUCACGGGCCUGCAGGGCCAUGCCAGUGAGACCCCUGCCGAGAUGAGAACCAAAAAGAAGACCCCCGCCCGCAAGUCCACCAAGAAGACCUCGUCUUCGGACAGCGAAUCGGAGACGCUGAGCAAGAAGGCCCAGCGGAGUAGCGUGGAGACUCCCUCGACGGAGCAGACGACGCCUGCGUCUUCGGCCACGGAGGCUCCCAGCGGCCAGGAUAUGCCAUCCGCCCCGGUGUCGGUGAACCGCCGCGGUCGCAAGCAGUCUCUGACGGACGACCCGUCCAAGACCUUUGUGUGCACCCUCUGCUCGCGUCGCUUCCGUCGCCAGGAGCACCUCAAGCGGCACUACCGGUCGCUCCACACGCAAGACAAGCCCUUUGAGUGCAACGAGUGUGGCAAGAAGUUCUCGCGCAGCGACAACCUGGCGCAGCACGCCCGCACGCACGCGACGGGCGCGACGGGCAUGGGUGUUUCGGACAACGGUGCCCGGGCAUCGUAUGAAGAGCGCGACGCGAACGGUCUGGGUGCGGUGUUAUACGAGGCGGCCAACGCGGCUGCCACCAAGUCGACAACCAGUGAAUCGUCCGAGUCGGACGCUUUUGUUGACCGACGGCCCGCCAAGAAGCGCAAGCGGGAGGAGAACGCCGCCUAG